UAGAAUAUCAACUUCCGAUUACUACCGACAACUACCUGCUCAGCUGUCAGCUGUUUAAAAGCGAAAUACGCGCUUUGGAAAUUGAUAUUCGAUUUUUCAAUUCGAAAACGAAGCUUGUGAUUGUUCAUAGCCACGGUUCCAACGCACGCUUCAUUUCGUCCCCCUUUUAGUCGCCUCUUAUGACAGACAGGCGUUACCGUGGCCGUAUUCUAAUCCCCGAGCCACAGAGAUGAAAUAUUUGUUUAUAUUUAUACAAAUAAUUGUUUAAAGUUUCUUACAGGAUGAAAUGUGCUUGUUUCGUGCAUUUCAGUUAAAACGCUCUUCACCAUCAAUGUAAUGUAAUGCCCUUCUAUCGCUUGCUUCUCGCUUCGUGACAAUAAUAAAAAGGCGGGAAAUCUUUGUCAUAAUAUCGUCUUUCAUAAACGUCAAUAUCUUUUAUUGUAUUGUACCAAGUAUUGUAAGUAAAUAAGUACUAUGUGUAAUGUAAAUAUUUUAUCAUAAAACACUAAAUAACUAUGGCCGAUGAAAAAUUAGUGAAAACAGUACAAAGUACUUUCUCUCUAUAUGGUCUUGUCCUUUCAAGGAAACUUAGCAUUUCUCUUGCUAAGGAACUUUUAAAGGUAGAAGAAAAUGAACGCAUAAGUUGGCUCACACAGAUUGUGGAGAAAGUUUUAGCUGAAAAUUUAGAUAAUCCACACAUUAAUGUUGAUACUCUUAAAUUGGCAAUAGAAGAAUGCGUAAGACCAGAUACAUUAAAAUCCACGGAAACAGUGAUAAAUGUCAUAGAUUUAUUUAAUGCCCCAAAAAUUAAAUAUGACUUAUCUAAGAGAAAAUUUGUAUUGGAAACUAUUAGACCAGACAUAUAUACCGAAGCACGAUAUAAAACUGAAAUUUUCAAAAAUAGAUAUGAAUUACUUUGGUACAGAACUUUAAGACACGAUUUAUUUAGUCCUCCCAAGCUUGGUGAGAAAAAGGAUGAUUGGAUUGAAUUAGUACCAAUUGAACAUUUGUUAAGCGAAAAUAAAAGUGGAAAUAUUUGCGUAAUGGGUCUUUUAACACAAUUAACAGAGGGUCAGUAUUAUUUGGAAGACCUAGGAGGAACCAUUAAGAUUGACUUACGGAGAGCAAAUUUUCAGGAUGGUUUAAUUGUAGAAGCUUCUAUGGUAAUAGCUAGCGGGAAUUACAGAGAUGGUGUUUUAUAUGUGGAAGAAAUAGGAUUCCCACCAGCAGAAUCAACUCAUAAUGCACGCGUUGAUUUUGGUAAUGCCAACACAUUUGGUGGUUCCAACAAACUUUCUUUAAAGUUUUCAGAAAAAUUAAAACAUUACGAAGACAGCAAUAAAGAUGGAAUGAUUGUCUUUGUAUCCGAAAUGUGGCUAGAUGACGUUGUUGUUUUACAAAAAUUUAAAACUAUGUUAGCAGGAUAUGCCGAUUGUCCACCUAUAGCUUUUGUAUUAUGCGGACAUUUUUUAAGCUUUCCAACAAGUACAACAAGCUUAGAUAAAUUAAAAGAAGGACUCAAAGAUUUGAGCGAGAUAAUAAAGCAGUAUCCUGGUAUAAAAGAAUCUUCGAAAUUUAUUUUUGUGCCUGCUUCAGAGGAUAUAGGAUCAGCAAAAAUUUUACCGAGAUCACCACUUCCAAAAUGUCUAACUGAAAAUUUUAGGAAGAAUAUUCCUGGUGCAAUAUUUACUACUAAUCCAUGUAGAAUUCAAUAUUGUACAAAGGAAAUUGUAGUGAUAAGAGAAGAUAUUUUAACAAAAAUGUGUAGAAAUACGCUUAACUUUCCACAUACAGGCAACAUUUAUGAUCAUUAUGCCAAAUCAAUUAUUUGCCAAUCCCAUUUGACACCUAUAAGUCUUUCAAUAGUACCAAUAUACUGGAAGCUUGAUCAUGCUUUGCAACUAUAUCCAACACCUGAUCUGAUUGUAUCUGCUGACAAAUUUGAAUCAUAUGAAACGAAGCAAUCAAAUUGUCACAUAAUCAAUCCUGGAUUAUUUCCAAAGAACAAUUAUUCUUUCAAAGUAUACAUUCCAGCUCUAGAUCUGAUCGAACAUUGCGCUAUUCCAAAAGAUAUGAAUGAGGUUUGAUUACGAGCGCUGUUUAAAGGAUAUUCAACAAUAUAAUUCAUAAAAUCUUUCGUUCCUAAACGAACAAAUUACAUGCCAAUUUUAUACAAUAUUUAUUUUCACAUCACAAUUCUCAUCAGUUUUACAAUACUUAAAAAAUGCGUGUUCAGUUCAUAACUUAAUCCACAACAAUUUUUUUUCUUUCUUUUUUGUUUUUUUUUUUUUACAACUAAAGUAAGAGCAUAUUAAAUUAAGUUCGAUCAUCGAAAAUAGCUUAAUCACUCGUUGAGGAUACUGGGGUAAUUUGUUGGUCCUCCGUGUCCUAUAAUACAGCGAAAGAGAAAUUCAAUAACUUACUAACGAUAGUCUUAUCGAACAAAUAAGUUUAAUAUUUAACAUAAUACACCUCAGAAAAAAAGAACUCAACACACUCUUUUUACUUCUCUCUCAGAUUUGACUAACGAAGUUGUAUCUCAGACUUUCUAUGUGGGACACAGGAAGUACGCAUUUAUUUUUUGUUUGUUUUUUGUUUACUUUUGUUCUCUUACCGAUUUAUAUAAAUAGAUACAUACAAUAUUAAA